GAAACUGGCAAGAGACAGCUCAAAUGCUGACAUAACAAAACACAGAGAUAAGCAAAAUAAAAAAUCCUUCAUUUCAUUGACGAGGUCCUCUUUCAAACAAACAUCUCUCUCCUUCGUCGGCUUUCUCUUGUCACUCUUCCCAUUCCAUUGUUUCCUUUGUUGCCCAGUGUUAAUCCCUUCUUCUUCUUCUCUUUCCUCUCUUUGGACCUUUCUCUGUUCUGCAGUCUUUUAUAUGGCGAUCUUUUAUCUUCUACCAUGCCCAUUAUUCUAUCCUCGUCAUUUCCGAAGCUUUCCCCACUUCCCGUUUUCCAGAUUGGAACCCCAUUUGGAGUUUCAAGCUAUUACAGGAGAAUCGGCUUAUUUUUCGUGUUUGGGUUUUUAUGCCCUCUAGUUGUUCGAUGAAAUUCCCACUCUAAGGCACACCCAGGCGUUGUCAUUAGAAGCAGACACUCCAUCCUUAGGACGCAUCAUUUUAGAGGAAAUUAUUUAGAGUCAAUGGCUUCAUCUCUGGAGGAGCUUCUUGCCGAAGAAGGUUUCAGAGGAAGAAGACCGAUAAGGAAGUCUAAAGGACCAUUCAAUUCACACACCACAAGCACAUCUAACAAUGAUUCCCAAGACAAAAGAAACUUGGAUUCUGAUCUGGGCGGUCAAGUUAGAACCACUAUGAAGCCUUCUCUACUCCGGCAUAGCUCUGAUGGAGAUUUUCAUUCAAGAGGUAUAAUGAAAAGUUUGACAGAAGGAGGCACUUUUACAUACAGAGAAAAGAGAGAUAAAAAGUCAAGUAAACAAUACGUGGAGGGAUUUGAUGGGAAAAGACAUGUUAAUGUAACAGAACAAAAGCCAUGCCUUACAAAUUUAGCCAAGGAUAAAACACAAAGAAGACAUAGAUAUAUUUCUGAGGACGAAAAUGAGAACUUCAAGGGCAUAUAUUCUAAUAAAGUGCAUGUCCGGCAUGGUGUAAAAAGUGUAGCCAAAGAAAAAGAGCUAUAUAAAGAGAGGUGGUCAGGUAAGAACAUAGAUGUGGAAAAAAGGCAGAGAAACAGUUUGAAGAAAAAUUUAUUUGGGCGUAUAAAUUUUCAUCAUUGCAAUGAAACAGCUGUUUAUUUGCCAGAGAGGUCUUAUGAUAAAAGUAAAACCAAUGCCAGUACAAGAAAUUGGAAAAACUUUGAAGAUGAUCACAGCCAAACACACGACAAUUUUGAAGAUGAUCACAGUCAAACACAUGACACUUUUGAAGAUGAUCGCAGUCAAACACAUGACACUUUUGAAGAUGAUCGCAGUCAAACACAUGACACUUUUGAAGAUGAUCGCAGUCAAACACAUGACACUUUUGAAGAUGAUCACAGUCAAACACAGGACACUUUUGUAGAUUUAGUUUCUCUUCCUGCUUUAGAUGAAGUUGCUGUCCAAGCUGUGGUUUCUAUCAUUAAUGGUCAUCUUAAAUAUUUUCUCAAAGACAAGGAUUUCCGCUUGAUGCUUCGGCAAAAUACUUUCAAUCCACUGAAUUUCAUUGGAGUUGAAGAAUGCAACAGUUCCAAGGUUGUUGCUACUCUUGAACAAGCAAUUGACGUGGUUGAAAAAGCUGCUGAAGGAUUUUCAACUGAAAAGAACUUAAAGAAAGCAUUAUUGCAGCUGAGUAUGAUAGCAGGACUGAAUACAAAUGCUUUAAAGGAUGGCUUUACAUUUGGGAUAUCUAAUUCAAAGUUAUCUGCUUGUGCGCAUCUCUACCUCGGUAUAAUAUUCAAGAUACAAAAUAAAAAACGCAGUUCAGCCAAGCAUAUUUUACAAGUAUUUUGCAAUCUGACUUUUCAGGCACGAAUUGUGUUGUUUCCAAAACUAUGGGACGAUCUAUUUCUUCCACAUCUAUUGCAUAUAAAAUCAUGGUAUGACUAUGAAGCUGAUUCAUUAGUCAAUGCUCCAAAACAGUCUAGAAAGCAGAAACUUCUUGAUAAAGUGUAUAAUGAAACCCUGGAUUCUGGUACUUGUAAAUAUGCAGUUUACUACAAGGAUUGGCUCACUGGAAUUGAAGCUCCGGAACCCUCCAUCGUGGUCCCAGCUGUAUCUUUUGAGGGAGUUGAUCAGGAAAGCCCUGUUAAUAAUUCUACUGCAACGACUCUUUGCAAUGAUUUUGUCUCACCUAAUCUGAUGGUCAGUAAAAAACUAUAUGAUGCUAUGUUUGCCACCUCAAAGAAUCAGGCAGCUCCACAUACUGAAAUUGAAUGGGAAUUAGAGAACCUCGACAACUGUGUCAGAAGCUCUAAUAGUUCAAAUGUUUCAAAACAUACACAAAUAUACUACUCUGACACAACUAAAGACUUGGAUCAAGAUACUGAUGCGGAUUCUAUGGGAAGCACAACAGAGAAUACAUCCUCUUCCGAAAAUUGUAAAGCACAAGAAUGGAAGACGUACAAUAUCAAUGCUCUAUCAGAAAUGGACGGUAGUGAUGAAUUCUGCAGUUCUACGACAUGGAAAAAUAAUGAAAUUGAUUUUGAAGUGCUGCAUGCUCAGUCAAAUACAGAUGGAAACAGCUAUAGUCGACAAAAGCUUGCACAACCCAGCCAUGAAGUAAGAUACUCACACACUUUGGAAGAUCUUGGAUUAUUUGAUCCUUCAAAUUUCAGUCAUGCAUCAUCAUCUUCUCUUCCUAUCAAGGUUAAUCCCUCUUUAAGAGAGCCAAAUGAUAGUUAUGAGUCCUCUGAUGAAAUAUCCUCUGUCUUCAGCCUUCCUAAGGACUUCAUAUGCCCUUUAACUGGACAGUUAUAUCAAGAUCCUGUGACUCUGGAGACUGGUCAAAGUUUUGAGAAGACGGCUAUCAAGGCAUGGCUUGAUCAAGGACACAGAACUUGUCCUGUGACUGGAAAGAAAUUGGAAACUUUAGCCAUACCUCUUACGAAUUUUAUUUUGCAACGUGUCAUUAAAAAUUGGAAUUCCAAUCGUCGGAGGAAUUUCCUGGCCUUCCUUUCUCAGAGAGUGCACAGUUCAGAAAAAUCUAUGACUAAUAACAAGAGUGAAACGACAAUAUUUAUAUUAGAUCAGUUUCUAACUGCUGGUGGCAAGGUGGAAGCAAUGGAGAAUGCCAAUUAUCUUAUUGCUAAUGGAUACUUGCGGUUUCUUAUUCAACUGUUUGAAUCAGGAAAUCUGGAAGAGAAGACACGUGUUUUGGCACUCUUAUCUCGUUGUAUUCAAGCAGAUGAACAGUGCAGAAAUCAGAUAGCUGAUGAAAUUAGCAUAAGCUCUCUUGUCAAUCUACUUCACAGCAAGCAGGUUAAGUCAUUAGAAAGUGUUGUGCAGCUUCUGACCAAAUUAAUUUUCCUUAAGAGGAGAAAAGAUGUAACUUUAUUUUUAAGCCGUUUGCUGAAAGAAGAUUCAGAGGACACAUUGCAGGCUAUCCUUGUAUACCUCCGAAGUUCUCCACCUGUGCAAAGGCCACUUGUUGCUGUACUUCUGUUACACUUUAACCUAGUGGUGGAAUCUCUGCAGCAAAGUAUGUAUAUGGAAGAAGCUCUUGAUGCCAUUAUCAAAGCCCUUGACGCUAGCCUAACUAAUCAGAAGAUCCGAGAAAGCUGCUGUGAAGCAAUUUUAAUUUUGGGUGGGCACUUUCCUUUGCGUGAGACGUUUGGGAGUAUGACACUAAAAGAAGUAGGAUUUAUUAACUUUUGUGAAGUGGAUUCUAUAGAUUAUAAAGAAGAGAAUCCUGAAAUGAACAACAAAAAGUUAGUGGAAGAUGAAAAACAGGCAAUUGAAGAAUGGCGGAGGAAGUUGACUUUAUCCUUGAUGAAAAGUGUGAAGCAACCAUUUUUUGAGAUCAUUUCGAAGUGUUUGGCUAUUGGAAGCCUUGAUUUAGUGGGGGUGGGGCUAUCCACUUUGACAUGGUUGAGUUUUUCCCUUCCUCGCCUUCCUGCUCCAAAAUUUCAUCCCCUAACCUUAUCAGAUCUUAUCAGUCUGCUUAAAGCUUGCUUGCAAAAUAGUAUGCUAGUUGAACAUAAGAUUCUUGCUUCAACUUGUCUGCUCAAUCUCAGCAAAAUUGCAGAAUGCAGGUUAAUUGUGAUUGCUAUCCGCAAAGAGAUUGAAGAUCCUCUUAGAAGCAUUGCUGAAAUCUCACAAUCUGCUAAGCACCUUUAUGCCAUUAUUACUAGAAGGGAAAACAUUUGAACAGAAGAAAAGAAGAUAAAGAAUGAAGAAUUCCGAAUCACCUUCAUAGUUUACAAUUUUAUAGUUGAUUUGAUUACUAACCUUUCUUUGUUAUGAUUAUUAUAGAUGUUAUCACUCUGAAACACUGCACAUCUUUUCUGAGGUUUGAUAUGAGAAGGUGGAAAAGAGAUAGCCAAAUGAGCCUUGUGAAAGAUAAUGCUAGAAAUUAAAAGGAAAAUUAUCAGAAAGAACACUAAAAAAUUUUCACUUUCCAUAAAUAGUAUCCUUUUUGGCCAA